AUGACGACGAAGAAGACCAGAGGCGCAAUCGGUUGUACGUCGAACACAACGAUCUCAAUUGGCUCUUUUGCGGUCAGAUGGAGGGGUUAUGGAAAAGAAGGGUUACGGUUCUGGUAGGGGUUGUUGAAUGAGUACCGGGACGUGCAACGUCGCGACGCACUCCGUCACAGUCACCCUGACGGGUAACGGAUGUCCGAGUGCUCCAUGUUCGCGCGGCGUACUCAUACGGAACGGUGAAACGAGUACGAAGAGGUAACGACGAAUUUCUUCUAAGAAGAAAAAACCGAAACGAGCGGGCAGCUUAACGAACAGACGGUCGUGUUAGUUUCCAAGAAUUCGCCAAAGGGGACAACGCACCGCUGUAUCCAAACUAACGAAUCAUUUCACAAAAGUGGAAACGUUGAACGAACACGAGAAAGAUAUCGAACGAGAAGAUACUUGAACAUAUGAAAAGUAUGUUGUUCACAACCGCAAUGUUUACCUUCAUGUUGAACAUAUUGUGCAUGGUGUGCCAAGCAGUACCACUUAUUGAUCUAAGGAAUACAUUAGAAGAGAAUGUCUUAAAUGCUGUGGGCACAUCUGCAUGCUCAUCAACUGGUGGUUGUUGGGAAUGGUUACCAGUGCAAAAAGUUCAUAAAAGUGUUGCUACCGUACCAGAGAACCUGCCAAUGUCAAAAAUACAAAUUCAACGAGAAGCUUCAAGCAUAGAUCCAAAUAUAGUACUGGAAACAUGGGGUGAUGAUGCUCCACCAUCUGGCAGAAAGGUUCACCAAUCAUCACUGGCUACCAAACAAAUUGGAAACAGACUGUCAAAAAAAGAUGUUCUUAUGUCUCGUAGUUGGGGUGCUGGUGGCAUGCCCUUUUCUGUCCUUUAUAUGAAUCCGCAUAGUCCUCGUGGAAACCACGCCAGUACUGCACAGCAACAGGAACUGAGAAAAACUGAAAGUCCGACACCGUCUAUCACACAUCCUAAUUCCCGCAUUGCAUUGCGCAAUGGAAGUUCUACACAAUCAAGAAGACAAUAUCCAAUAAUUCCACAGCUUUUUAUAUCUUAUGGAUGGGGCCCAUUUGGCAAAUGA